CUUUUCGUUUAUUGUCCUUGUCCUCUCUAUCUUUAUUUUUAGUAUGAUGCUUCGAAUUCGUCAACGUCUCUUAUUGAACCAACAACUGACAAAAGGUUUUCAUACGUCAGCUCAAUGUGCAGCGAUUACACGAUUCAAUUUACCUGCGAUGAGCCCGACCAUGACAGAGGGCACCAUUCAUCAAUGGAAGUUCAAAGAAGGAGAAUCUUUCUCAGCAGGCGAUGUAUUAUUAGAACUUGAAACAGACAAAGCACAAAUUGAUGUUGAAGCCCCUGAAGAUGGUGUAUUGGCCAAGAUUGUGCUUCCUGAUGGUGGUAAAGCAGCAGUGAAUAGUUUAAUUGCUCUUAUCGCUGAGGAAGGAGACGAUAUUUCUAAUGUUCAAGUACCUGAAGAAGGGCCUGCUUCUUCCUCUGUCAGUCAAGAGAAAACGACACAACAAGUAGAAGAGCCUGAAAAGAAAAAAGCAGCUCCAACGGUAUCACCUAUAUCCCAUGAUGAUGUAGAUACAAGCAAACUCAAAAAGCCAUUAUCUCCUGCCGUAUUGAGCUUAGUUUUGAAACAUGGUAUUAAAGAUGUCGGCAGUAUUGAACCUUCUGGUUAUGGAGGUCGUCUCUUGAAGGGCGAUGUAUUGGCUCAUCUUGGACUUAUUCAACCCAAGCCUGCACCCAAACCCAAGUUGAGCAUUGCACCACCAAGGGAUCAAAUUGUAUUUGCCAAGAACGCACAACAGCAACAACAACAACAACAACAGGAGGAGGUCGCUCAAAAGAAACAGAUCCCUCCCAGCUUCAUUACCAAGCAAUUAUCUUUAGAUAAGGUCUUUGAUUUACACCAAUCUUUAAAUGAGCAAAAGAAGAUUCAAAAGACAACAGUCAACGAUGUCAUUGCCAAAGCUGCCGAACGCGCUUUGCAAGAGAUCCAACCUUCAGCCAAGGGCGGUAUUCGUUUCAAACAACCUGUCGUCUAUCGUGAAUCCAGCCAUGCGACAGAAAAGAAAUACAAGGGUGGUGAAUUCAAGGUGUUCAACUUGGCAGAAGCACAGUAUGAUUUCAUCACGGAUUCUUAUGAAAACGGCAAGCCUUAUGUAUUGCAAGUGGAACCUGUUGGCUCAGCAGCUUCCUCUUCAACAAGCCGAAAAGAGCAUGAUGAUAUGGUAGAUUUUAUCCAUUAUUUGGGAGAUAGCCAGCGUGAGGCUUCUCGCCAUCACACUUCCUCUGCAGCAACCCAGUUGUUCGAUAUCAAAUUAGAUGGGAAAGUGCCUGGAAAGAUUUUGAACGACGCCAAGGCCAAAGUCUUCCUUGACCGUGUGGAAUAUUACGUUCACCAUCCUGGAGAGCUUUAUUAAACGUAUAGUACCCCCUCCCCCCCCCUAUUUAAUACAUGAUAAAGCGUUAGAUUCAUAUAAACUGGUCAAGUUUUGGUUUUAAAGCAAGCCAUUAUAACUGUAAUAUAUCCUCUCCCUUCCCUUUCCCCCUGUCAGUAGCUCCAUGAGUUUGCAGGUUGCUUAUCGUCUUUUUUUUUUUUUUCUUUAAACUUGUGUUAUAAUUUUUGAGAGAGAGUGUGAGGGAGUGAGGGAGCAUGGAAAAAUAGCUUUAGAGAUAGAGCAGGACACGUAAAAUGGUGUUUUUCGCUUUUCCUCCAAUGCAUGCAGUCGGCAAUGUCAUUGGUCAGGCUCAAGGCUCAUGGCUCAAGAGACAGAAUAAGAACGGCAAAGAUUUUCAACAGAGACAAUUCAAGCUUAUUAUUUUUUUAAACAGAGUCAUUGCAGCUUAAUAAACAACUUGAUAUUUUUUUUUUCCUGAAAAUAAUGAGGGGU